CAGCGAUCAAUAGUGUUUAUCCAACAGCCGCACAACAAAACAACAUGUUUUGCAGUGCUGCAACGCUUCUGCAGUAAACAAAUUUUUAAAUUGCCCUUGUCAUAUUGUGGGAGCAGCUGUCACCGCCAUGCAACAACAAAAACUCCAACGUCAACAACAACAAAUGCUGAGAAAUGCACAGCUUUAGACGACGGUUUUACGGAUUGGCGGCCUAUAUAUAGGUUGCCCUUAAUACGCCUUGUAGCUGCAUUUAAUCGUCUUAAAGUCUAUCAGGCAAUAUUAACUGCAGCUGGAACACCUCUCGUUUUUGCUCUGCAAAAUGCUGGUCACGUCUCGGGUGAUGCGCUGGGGAUCUACGCAGCCAUUGGAGUCUCGGGUCUGAUGACGCUCUCGCUGGGCAGUUAUUUGUCGUCUAAUAUGAUUGGUUUCAUCUACGUCAACGAUCAACAUGAUCAGUUAAAACUGGCCUAUGUGGACUUCUGGGGACGACGCAAAGAGUCGCUCGUCGACAUUGAGGAUUUGCUCCCAGAUUGGGAACCAAAGAGCAAGCAACGUCUGGGCUUCUAUCAGCCCAUCUGUCUGCGAGACAAUGAAAAGCAGCGCUACAAGCUCAUUCAUCGCUUCGGAAUCAUAACAGAUCCUCUUCUAUUCGAAGGUCUGUUUGGGAAAUGAUUUGACUUGUUUCUAAAUGAUCAUUCGCUUGUUUUAAUUAUAAAAAUGUAUAUAUAUAUACUUUAAUAUAGUUUAUAAAUGAAAACAAAACAAGUUAAGCUACAUA